AUGAGGGUAAAGUUGUCUUAUUUUUACGCCCUCAUCUUCACAGCAUCAGCCAUUUCGAUAUACGUUGCGUUUUGGGGGGCAAAGCACUUAAAUGAAGCAAGUAUACACGCUAGCUUAUCGCCAUCGUAUAACGACUUUGACAUUUCUCGAGAAAAAAUUAUAUUAUAUUGGGGAAGUACGAUACCCAAGAGGUGUGACUAUUUUACCUUUACCAAGACAGGACCGUCGUUCGAAGAUCUGAACUGUCCGGUGAACAACUGUGUCUGGACGGAUGAUAAAACAAAGGUGAAAGAAGCCGACGCGGUCCUCUUUUUUGACCACUGUCUAGGAGAGGUGAAACCCCCGGAGAGAAACCCUCGGGGUCGUUGGGUUUUUGUUGACCACGAGAGUCCCUGUAACAGCUUCAGAUAUUUGGACAAGUGGGACGGCCUCUUCAACUGGACAAUGACAUACACCAAGGACAGCGACAUUUUUUCUCCAAGUCUCCACUUUGUCAACUUGCCCAAUCAUGGAGACUACCCAUUAUUAUCCAGAGAACGGUCGCUAUCCAUUACCAGGGGGAAAUCAAAACUGGUGGCUUGGAUGGUGAGUCAUUGCACCACUCACAGCAGACGAGAAGAAUACGUUAAAGAGUUACAGAAAUACAUCCCGGUCGACGUGUACGGGAAGUGUGGUCCCCUUGUGUGCAAGAAAGGUGACACGCGCUGUUCAGAGGAGUCACUCAACAACGACUACAAAUUUUAUCUGGUGUUUGAAAACAGUUUAGCGAAAGAUUACGUAUCAGAAAAAUUUUAUACAAGGCUACAUUUAAACGUUAUGCUUAUUACUCGCUCCGGAGCAAAUUUCAGCAGACUUGGGAUCCCAGACGCAUUGCACAUAGACACUCGGGAUUUCAAAUCCCCAAAAGAUCUGGCAGAGUAUCUCAAGCGUCUUGAUAAAGAUGAUGAGAGCUACGCUGCCUUAUUGAGAGCAAAAGCAAACCAUAGGUAUAAGAUUCUUAACUCGAGGUAUAGUUACUGUGACUUAUGUAAAAAGCUGAAUGAUCCUAAUGAGCCGAGAAAGAGUUACAGCGCGGCAGAGAUACGAAAUCAACAUGGCUUCUGUGUGUCACCACACAACCUCCGACCAAGAGGUAGAAGUAGACAACCGCGAGGUAGACACGCAUGA